AGGGAAUGCGGCCCGUUCGGUUUGUUCUUGUUCCCACAGUCGCUGCCCCCGCCCCAGCCCCGGUUCUGGCUAAUCCAGUUUGGAGCGCGCGUUGCAUCGACAGUCUAGCAAGGUCCGCCGAGAGAUCAUGGCUCAGGCUGUUCGGGGGUCGGCUAGAGUGGCGGUGAUUCGACUGUGUAAUCCUCCGGUCAACGCGCUCAGCACUACAACAAUACGAGCUUUAGAACAAGAAGUGAACCGUGCAAAUAUUGAUCCCACUGUAAAAGCUGUUGUGAUUUGUGGGGCAAAUGGGAAAUUCAGUGCAGGUGCUGAUAUCAAAGGAUUUCCCAACAUUGGCCAGCCAGGCAUGGCCAGUUUGGAGCCAGUAGUUUCUUUAAUAGAGAAUAGUGAAAAGCCAAUGGUGGCCGCCAUUGAAGGCAUGGCUUUCGGAGGAGGCCUGGAGGUAGCACUGGGCUGUCAUUACAGGAUUGCAAAUGUAAAGGCUCGGGUAGGUUUGCCUGAAGUCACACUGGGCUUACUUCCUGGUGCUGGUGGGACUCAGCGGCUUCCCAGACUGAUUGGAGUACCAGCUGCACUUGAUAUCAUUACCACAGGAAAACAUGUGCCAGCUACUGAAGCAUUGAAACUGGGGAUCCUAGAUGAGCUUGUGGAAGAAAAUACAGUUGAAGCUGCCAUAAGCUUAGCAGAAAGAGUAUCAGAUCAACCACUGGGACCUCGCAGGCUCUGCCUGAAAGAAACUCCCAAGCUACCCAACAUGGAAGCCUUCCUUGAGGAAGCUUUUGUGAAAGUGAAGAAACAAGCCAACGGGUGCUUCUCACCAGAAAUGUGCUUCCAAGCUAUAAAAGCCUCUGUGUACCUGCCCUUUGCAGAAGGAAUUCACAAAGAGAGAGAGCUCUUUCUCAUCCAGAUGUUUUCAGGCCAAGCUAAGGCAUUGCAAUAUGCCUUCACUGCACAAAGAGUCUCAGAGAAGUGGGCAUUGCCCACAGGAGCAUCCUGGAAAACUGCAGCCCCUCAGCCAAUCCGGAAAGCAGCUGUGAUAGGACUGGGGACAAUGGGCCAAGGCAUUGUGGUAUCUCUGUUGAAAGCUAAAAUCCGUGUAGUGGCUCUGGAGCAGGACAGAAAGCAUUUGGAGCUGGCCAGGGGAGCUAUCAUGGCUCGCUUAGAACGUGUAGCGUUAAGAAUGCAACAAAAUGGCCUAAAAUUGGAUGGGUAUAUGCCUGAUCUGCUUCAUUUCACACUGGAUUUUGGUGCACUAAAAGGUGUCGAUCUAGUUAUUGAGGCUGUAUUUGAGAACAUGGCUGUGAAGAAGGAAAUCUUCCACAAGUUGUCAGCAGCUUGCAAACCUGAGGCCAUUCUGGCCACUAACACCUCUUAUCUAGAUAUUGAUGAAAUUGCUUCUGUCACUAGCCAUCCUCACCAAGUCAUUGGCACCCAUUUCUUUGCACCAGCUCAUAUAAUGCCACUACUAGAGAUAAUCUAUGGUCAACAAACAUCGCCCACUGUCAUUGCUACAGCCAUGAAACUGAGCAAAACUAUGGGCAAAAUUGGGGUUGUAGUGGGGAAUUGUUUUGGUUUUGUUGGGAAUCGAAUGCUGAAUCCUUACCUUGAGCAAUGCUAUUUCCUCUUAGAAGACGGCAGUACACCAGAGGAAGUAGACAAAGCUUUAGAGGAAUUUGGUUUCAAAUUGGGUCCCUUCCGAGUAGCAGAUUAUACUGGACUUGAUGUGGGCUGGAGAUCUAGAGAAGGGCAAGGCCUGACUGGUGCCAAGCUCCCUCUUGGCACACCUCCUCGCCAAAGAGAUGGCAGGCGCUACAGCCCGCUCCCUGAUAUCCUGUAUGAGAAUGGGAGAUAUGGCCAGAAAAGAGGAAAGGGAUGGUACCAGUACGAUAAACCAGGGGGGAAUGUAGCAAAGUCAGAUCCGUGGGUUCAUGGUUUUCUUUCUGAAUAUAGAAGUGCUCACCGCAUUGUAGCACGUACUAUCACCCAAGAUGAGAUUCUGGAACGUUGUCUGUAUUCCCUUAUCAAUGAGGGUUUCCGGAUAUUAUCUGAUAGAAUCGUAUCUUUGCCAGAGGCUAUAGAUACCAUCUAUAUCAAUGGUUAUGGCUGGCCCAGGCACAACGGUGGUCCCAUGUUCUACGCUUCUGUGGUUGGGUUGCCUAGAAUUCUAACAAAGCUGCAGAAGUAUGCUGAGGCUAAUCCUGACAUACCCAGUUUACAGCCCAGUGCCUUUCUGAAGAAGCUUGUAGCCUUGGGCAGUCCGCCUCUGAAGGAGUGGUCAUCACUUCAGGGAUCUCAGCACAGCAGGUUAUAAUUGCACUGUCUAAGCAGCCUAUGCUUCUUGUUCAAACAUUUUGACUACUCCUAUCCAAAAGGAAACAGUAGGUUAUAAAACAAUGCCACUGUCUCUUCUGAUUUCAGUACAAUAUACACAUACGUGCACCCCGUCUCGCUGAAUGAUAGAUUGCUGCUCACAGCGUGCCUUUUAUCAUGCCUCACUGUGAAAUGCUGCCUGCCUGCCUGCCUGAUGGUCUCGCUUGAAAACACACACUUUCCCAUGUAAUGAAGCUACCAGGCCUCUGGAUGAAAUUUUUACAGACCCUGGCCAAACCAGUUAGAAUGGGAGAGACUCAGAGCUUGGAAAGUACAGUGUACAUCGUACCCUGACUUGCCAAUACCUUCUUUCAUCCACUCAUCCUUCAUCACUUUGUUGGCUACAUUGGAUCACGCUUAAGAUUCAGCAGCCAGGGAUCUGAGUUAUUUCUUUGAAAGUUUCCGUUACAAGAUUAACACUUUCCUGUCCUUUAAAACAGAAGAUUGGGAUCUGCCAAAAGAUCUCUGGGUGGUUCAGAUUAGGUCUGCAAGAGUUUCUGAUUUUUUGACAAUAGCAACAAAAAGGUAGAUUCUGUCCCACUCCCACCCCCCAAACCCACACAUUUAAUUUAUGCUGCUGAAGCUAAGGUUGUGGGCUCUCCCACAGUAGAGGCAUUCAAGAGGCAGCUGGACAACCAUCUGUCAGGGAUGCUUUAGGGUGGAUUCCUGCAUUGAGCAGGGGGUUGGACUCGAUGGCCUUGUAGGCCCCUUCCAACUCUGCUAUUCUAUGAUUCUAUGAAAAACUAGGGAUGGGUUUGUGAAUGAAAAGACUGCAAGCUUGAUUCUGGUACUAAAACAAAUUCCUGGGCUAAGCAUGAUUGUUUCCAGACAAGGCUUUUAUGGUGCCAUUGCGCUGCUUUCUGGAAUUUUAUAGUGGUCUAGACAAUGUCGUCUUCUAUUUGUAAUUCCUUUUUUCUUACUGCUUCUUCUGUCCUUUUCCUUAACACGGAAAAUCCAUUAAGAAUAAAAAUAUGGAACAGCUGCAUAAUACCAUUUGAUUGCUAGCACUAGGAACCCUCCAUUUAGAAGCACCCCAUGUGUCAGAGGCACCCUGUUUCUUAACUCUACAUCUUCCACCUCUGCCACCAGCCACUAUUUCCCAUCUGAUGGACAUUAGGGUUCUAGUAAAAAAAAAAAGGAAGACUCACAAACCUGAAAUCUGUCCACUCGUGUUAAAAGAUAGUCCUUCAAUAGUUUCACAGACAAUCCAGUAGACACCUCAAUUUCACUUCUGCUUAUAAUCAUAAUUACCCCUUUUGCUUCUUGCAGAAUUAAUGUAUGCCUGGUAAUAUUUGAGAAAAAUAGUCCACAUCAAAAAGAAAUAAAUUCAGUGAAGUAGUUAAAAUCUCCUGAGGAGAAAUGUGGCUGAAGGACAGAACUCUCUGCUUUGGAGAAUUGAGCUUUCACCAUCGCACAUGUUGAUGAUGGCCUGUGAAUCAUAGCAACAAAUGUUUUAUACACUCUUCAGUCUGUAGCAGAAACAAGUGCCUCACUUCUUGCUCUUCGCCUCUACUAAAUGAAUGUGUCCUCUCCCUCCCAAAGUGUGUGAUCAGCCUGCUUAUUUCUAUAUACCAGUGCUAUCUGGGGAUGAUGGGGGUUGUAGUCCAACAUUUGGCAAGCACCAGAGUAGGAUCUAUACUACUGCUUUAUAAUGGUAUCAAAGUACACUGACAACUGUUGGGUCUGUGACACAUUCUAUAUACCAUUUUCAAACCACUUUCAAAGUGUUAUAUCUUGCUUGGUGUUCAACUGGCCCAGGUUGGGAAUAUUAUAUACCCACAAAUAUACUUGAGGAUGAGAAGUGCUCUCGCAUCCUCUAAUUUUGAAUUGUAAUGAUGAGGCCAUAAGAUGGCCCAAAUGUUCCUUCUUAGAAUUGUGAUUUAUAAAAUCCAGAAAAUCAAAAUAAGAUAACCGAUUCAACAUUUUCCUAAAUAAAACUAUUUCAAUUAACCACAUGUCUUUUGCUGCAGUGUCCCUUCUUUACCUCACACUCCAAAUCUCCAAAGCCAAUAUCACAAAGAGCCUAAGAAUCUCAAUCUGAUUAUUUCAAGAGAGCUGGUGAAGUGCAGUGGUUAGAGUUUUGUAGUAUAGCAAGGAAGACCUGGGUUCAAGUCCUUAUUAAGCCAUGAAGCUUUCUCAAGCUAACCUACCUCACGGUGUUGUGAGAAUAAAAUGGGGGAGAGGAACCACACCACUACACUUAGCUCUGUGGAAGAAGGGUGGAAUAAAAGUGCCAUAAAUUAAUUCAAAUGCAGGACUGAAAUUUGUCUCAUUCUAGGUGGAUUAGAAAGGUACUGCAUUAAUACGUUAAUCUCAAAAUACUAACAAUGGGUUAAUAUUUCAGAGAGCUUCGGCUAUUGGGCGGUAUAAAAAUGUAAUAAAUAAAUAAAUAAAUAAAUUAGAACGAACCCAUCACAUUUUCCCUUCCAUAGUGGACUUUAGUUCUAAUCAGUUUGUAAAAUUCAUCUCCUUGCUGCCUCUUAGGUCUCCCUGCCUCUUUAGGAUGUCCCCAGCCAAUCCAUGAGAGGGUCCCUGUACUCUGAGACUCGCAUAGGAGGGAGAUUUUCAUAAGCUAUGUUUUUCCCAUCAAAGUGCAGCAUUGAUGGGAGAAGUUGUGGCAUUUCCUCAUUUAUGCAUCUCUUAAAAUUAUGCCAACAGCUCACAACGACUCCUAGGUCCUUUCUUGUCCCCCCCUUCCUUCAUAUCAAUGCCUCUAUCACCGUCGUUUCCUCAAGCUCCUUCUUUUCCUCCCAGUGUCUAGUUGGUUCUGUCUCCUAAAAGCUACACUGGCUCCCAACCAACAUCCUUCACUGCCCAGCACUCCCCUUCUUUCUCUAUCCCUUUCUGUCUAACAAUGUGCAGUUCUCCUACAUAGCCCUCAUUGGACACAAUUUCAGCUAUUUUUACUGUUAUUA